AUGAACUGCCUCAUUUUCUUAGAUGCUUACUGGCUACUCUCCUGCCCCAACUCUCACCAAAAGGCAUUCAAGUUGACGGCUGCUUCAGGCCGAGAUGUCCCAGUAUGCUUCCCACUGCUUCGGGACAAGCUGGCACUGCAAGACACAGUGAAAACCAGACCACCGCUUCAAUUUGAGGAGAUGCAACUCCAGCUCCUGCAAGACUUAAGGCGAUCCACCUUGGAAUGGAGAAGGUCGAGCCCUGACAGUUACCAGGGAUGGUCGCACUCACCUACUUUCCACUGUGGAGGACUCCGCAACCUUCCUUAA